AAGUGGAAAAGUUGACAGGCUUGGGAAGGAAGUUAUUCACUCUUUGUGCCUUGGUAACUUUGUUGUUGUUUUUUUUCUCACUCGCGACUAAUACGAGCUCCUGAUGAAUGCGUCCCAGUCGCAUGUUUAUCGGAAGACAUCAAAGUGGUAGGAACAGGAGGCGCACAUAUGUUUUAGUAAACUACUUCUCCUCGGAAAUAAUUUCAUUGCAUUUUUAUGCGAUUUUUUUCUAUUUUUGGAAUCCUGUAUCGAUAACAGUUUUCUCGGGGGGGAUACAAUAAGAGCUCUGAUCCUGGAACGUGGACAUGGAGGCUACGGAUGGUUAUAUUGCAAGUAACGGCGACUGCUCUCCUAGGAAGGAGAACUCGAGAAUGCUGGUGGACCUGUCGCCCAACGCACCCAACGGGCAACAUUCCCAAAGUCCCAGAUCUCCCAGCGCUCACCCAAUCAAACAAGAGGAGGGCACUGAGGAGGAGGGAGAGCGGAGAGCCAUAGGGCCCGAUGAGACAGGCCACAGUGGAGAAGAGGGCUCAGUAUUGGAGGAACCCAUGACUGACAGCCCAAAUAACCUACAGGAUGUUGGACCAGGGACAGAGGGGCCGGCUGAUUCAGUAAUGCGAUUGCCCAAUGGCGACCGGCCUUUCCAGUGCAACCAAUGCGGGGUCUCCUUCACCCAGAAGGGCAACCUGCUGAGACACAUCAAGCUGCACACAGGCGAGAAGCCCUUCAAGUGUCCCUUCUGCAGCUACGCCUGCCGCCGACGCGACGCCCUGACCGGACACCUGCGCACGCACUCGGUGGGUAAACCACACAAGUGUAACUACUGUGGGCGGAGCUACAAACAGCGCACGUCGCUGGAAGAACACAAAGAGAGGUGCCAUAACUACUUACAGAGUGUCGGCAUGGACCCCUCCCACAGCGCCAGCCCAUAUGCAGUUGAGGUCCCGAAGGAGCAGAGGCCGCUGGGCGAGGUGGCGGGCGUCACCUCCUUCGAGCGUCCACCCGUCAUCGAGAGGCUGCAGGCCAGCGUGGCCAAGAGAAAGAGCACCACGCCGCAGAAGUUUGUGGGGGAGAAGAUGCUGCGUUACUCCUACCCUGACCUGAACUUUGAUGUGGACCUGAAGUAUAAGAAGGAAGCAGAGCUAAUGCAGGCUCACAUGAUGGACCAGGCCAUCAACAACGCCAUUUCAUAUCUGGGUUCUGAAAGCCUGCGGCCUGUGGUCCCCCACCCCGCCCUGGCCAUGGCAGAGGUGGUUCCCAUGGUGAACCCCCUCUUUCACCCCGUCUACCCCAUCGGACCGCACCUGGACAGGCCGAGCAGCCGCGACGCUCUCCCCGGCCCCCAGAUGGCGCCAGAGUUCCCACCCCCCACCAACGGCGCCAUCUCACUGGUCCGACCCAAGAACCCUGCAACAGGCCGGGAGGGCUCCCCCAGCAACAGCGGCCAGGACUCGGCCGACUCAGCCCGGAGCAGCCCCCGCGACAAGCCGGCCAACGCUGGGGGUGCGCUCCGGCCGGCACCUCGGGUCAGCCCGGGCCUGGCGAGGGCAGAGGAGGCACGAGCAGGCGACGCAAGCCGGCUGGGAAGCCGGGACGGCGUGCGCGUGUUCGGCCGUGAGGGCCAGGAGCUGCGCGCCUUCCAGUGCGAGCACUGCCGCGUGCUCUUCCUGGACCACGUCAUGUACACCAUCCACAUGGGUUGCCACGGCUACAGGGACCCGCUUGAGUGCAACAUCUGCGGCCACUGCAGCAAGGACCGCUAUGAGUUCUCCUCGCACAUCGUCCGCGGUGUGCAUACCUUUCGCUAAAGGGCACCCGGACCAGCCCAUAACCAUUCAAACACACACACACACACACACACACACAAACACACACACACACACACACACAGAUACACACAUACUCCACUGCAGUCUGGGACCCUGUCGGGGGGGGGGGUUGUCUGUGAGCACAUGCUGAGGAAGGCAGCAUGUAGUGAAUAUAUGAAGGGUUAGGUCCAGUGGCUCAUAUUUUAAUUUUGGAACGUUUUGAAGGUUUUGCAUUUGGGUGAGGGGCUGAAUUUUGUGAUAUGAUGCGAUAAAGUGAUUUAUGUUCAUUUAUUUCUCCACAUAAACACACAAUCAUUCUUUUUUUAAUCAUUUUUAUCUCCUGUACCAUCCAAAAACAGAGCAGCUAUAGUCCCUGGAAAAUUAUGAAGGGUUUUUUUUUUGUUUGUUUUUAUGUUUAAUGUUCAUCUGCAUUGAGUCUCUGCGUAGAUUCCUUCCUGUCACAUGGACUAUAAGAGACUUGAAUAGACACAGCCAUGUAGGAACAAAGUGUACUUGCGCACAGGAAACUGUCAGGAGAAUAUGGACAGAUCUCCAUGGUAAACCGUAUAGCUUUUCUGCUGCUGUGUUUUCUCAGUGCCUUGCUGAAGUGAGUUACAUGGUUUAGCUUCUGUUGUAAGUGUCUGUGCUUCUUUGGCCCCCUCAUACCAUGACAUCCCAACACUCCUGCAUUCUCUCGCUGUAGAAGGACAAACGGGACAUACAGAUGAAUUAAACCUUAGCAUUAAGGUUUGUGGAUCCAGGUAUAUUAUUGUUAUUUGUGUUUAUUUUAUUUUUACUUUAUUUUUUCUUGUGAACUCUUAGCAUGUGUAUGUUCACACUGCCAUCCUCUUGCUUGUAAUGUUUGUACUACCAAAUGUAGCCUUGUAACCACAUUAAAAAUCAACCAGGCAGCGACCGUGCAUGAGAAGCUGAUGGCAAUCUGGAUCAAAACAGUUUGAUGUAGGGCAGCUUCUCUCUCUCCCACCCUCUCUUGCUCGCCCGCUUUCUCUCUAUCAGUGCCCGAGUGGCAGAUGGUUGCACUGCGUCUGCCAUUGCACAGUUAGAACGAUGUUCUCAUACGUUCUUCUGAAACACCUCGUGAAAGCAGCAGCCUGUCCGAUGGAGCAGCUCUGUCUGGUGCCCGAUACCUGGGCUGACUCCUCCCUGUCCAUCCAGCAGAUGUGUGUAGAUGCAGUGUGUAGUGUAGUGCUUCCUAGUACACUUACUCUGUAGGUAACAAAUUUCAGCUUGCACUUUAUUGUGAAGCACUGGUCACGCUGGGUGUGUGAAGCCCUCGAGCACUAUGUGUUAGUCUGCUUCCCUACACUAUCCUAAGUAACCAUCUUCUUUUUUUGGUUUUGUUUUUCCUUUCUAAGCUCCAGGCUGGAACUGAGUGUCUGUCUUCAUAUAAAUGUCUCCUGUAUAAAGUCUCUCUAAACAUACAGUGCGCUACAGUUCUCUACUGUAAGUAACAUGUUACUUUCAUAACUAAGUGUGAUAGUUAUGAAAGGUUCAGCAGAAAUAUAUAUAUAUUUCUGCUGAACCUUUCAUAUAUAUUUUUUUUCUGCUUUAUACAGGAGACAUUUCUAUGAAGAUAUGAGGAUAGCUAGCUAGAUAGAUAGAUAGAUAGCAUUGUAUUAUGCUAAAGUUCCUGAAUUGACUACCCUAAUCCAUGUAUAUAUUAUUUUUAGCCUUUAGUAAAAAUUGAUUUAAUAAUUUAAAAAUGACCAUAUCUAUCUUAGACAUAUCUAAUUGUAAACUAAUAUGUAAAUGGAAAAUAUAUACACAGAUUGUUUAAGCUUAUAUUGAUUUCUAGAAGUUUUAUUCAGUGGAGGUCAGUGUGUUUGGCUGUGGUCUGUUGAAGAAGCACUCAUUAUCAUUGUAUCGAUGUAUUCAUCCUUUUGGUUUGACUCGGCUGUCUGUGUUCUCUCGCUCGAGGGGAACAGCACUGUGUAGCAUAACUGUUGCCUGUUUCAUCACUGCUUAAAAAGCUCUGCACUGUGGCUCACGUUGGGGCAGCGCCGAGCCGUAGGUGCCUGUAUGGUGCCUGCAUAGUGCUCAGUGUUGACAUCGUGCGCUCUGUGAAAUCGAACAAUGUCUCCUUCGCUUUUGGAAAUUAAGAGCACAAGGCUGAGACUGUGAAUAUCUCAUCUAAAAGCAAGGGACCAUUAAAGCCAAGAUCUGUACCUUUUUUUGAUAAGACGCAUAAUUAUUUGAUGUCCAGUCUAAGACGUUCUGUGUGCCUUUUUUGAACAGGACCAAGUAUUCCCAGUCAAAAUACCUUUGGACCAUUGCAAAGUAAGCGUGUGCAUUAUGUUUGCGCUGUGUUUGGGUUUUUUUUAAUCCUGUCACAUGCCUCUGUAUAGUGUAGCUGUUUUCAGUGUACAGUGAGUUUUGAAUCUCAGUUGAAAAGCAUGCCGUGCUGGUUUGACUGCUCCUCACGCAUCAUGCAGAAAAAAAAAGCCCCAAAAAAAAAAAAAACCUAGGAAAAAAACAAACAAAAGAAAUAAGUGAAAAUGGCUAAAAAGAAGGAGGUAGAGACUAUGUUUACAGCCGUGAAAGCGCUCGGAUUCAGGGGCCCCCUCCUCCAGGGGCCUCACACUCGGGGAUCGAUGGGGCGUACUUGAAGUUCAACUAAUGGCACUCACAUUCGAGGUUGUUUUACAUUCACAUGUAUGGGGGUUGCUAUGUUAAUUUUAGUGUAAAUAUAUAUAUUUUUUGUGAAAGGAAAGUGUUUUUUUAAAAUGCUUAUUUACUGUGGGCCUUACAAAUAGUAAAAUGAGGAAUUGCAGUGUAUUUUUAUAUAUAGUGACUAUAUGUAUGAAUGAAAUACAGUAUAUUUUGGUACACAUGUUGAACUGGGUUAUUCUUCUUUUCUGUGUGUUUAAACUUUUGGGCCUUCUCAGGUACUGUGUUGCCAAGAUGCUUAUGAAAAUAAGGCAUCUUAAAGAAUUGUUAGAAAGGGAUUUUUAUAGCAAAACCCUAAGAGUUGAGGGUUUAUAGAAAUGUUAUUCCAUAGAUCACUGACCCUCAGAAGGAAAUUGUGCUGUAAGGUGUUGGUUUUAAAGCAUGGAUUUUCUGCAUUAAAAUACCUUUACACUUUCA